GACGGAUUCAGCCAAUGAGCAGCGUCAUGAGGCAGUGGCGACCAAUCAGAAGCGAGCCCGUGUGUGUGUGUGUGUGUGUCACAGUAAACACUCUGUCGUCACUGAUGAUGCAGUUCAUGCUUCUGUUCAGUCGUCAAGGAAAGCUGCGGCUGCAGAAAUGGUACAUGCCCCUGUCUGACAAAGAGAAGAAGAAGAUCACCAGAGAGUUGGUGCAGACGGUUCUGGCUCGAAAGCCCAAGAUGUGCAGCUUCCUGGAGUGGAGAGAUCUGAAGGUCGUCUACAAGAGAUAUGCCAGUUUGUAUUUCUGCUGUGCUGUGGAGAACCAGGACAACGAGCUCAUCACUCUGGAGAUCAUCCACAGAUACGUGGAGCUGCUCGACAAAUACUUUGGCAGCGUUUGUGAGCUGGACAUCAUCUUCAACUUUGAGAAGGCUUACUUCAUCCUGGAUGAAUUUCUCUUGGGCGGCGAAGCUCAGGAAACGUCCAAGAAGAACGUGCUGAAGGCCAUCGAGCAGGCCGACCUGCUGCAGGAGAACGUAGACUUUCAGACACGUCUGUUUGCAGCCCCGACAUGAGUUUUUCACUGUGCCUGUGUACUGACGUGUUGCUCCUCCUGCUCCUGCUCCUCCUGCUCCUCCUGCUCCUGCUCCUGCUCUGCUGCUGUAUACUGAGCUCUUCACCUCCCGGCACUUUUCUCUCUCUCUGGACAUUGUCACUGUUUUUUUGGACACAUCAUGAUCUUCUCACUGGUCACGUAUCAGUGACGUACAGUGAUUUUAACAUCACACACACACAGGAGCUGUUGAUUCACUGCUGCCUCCAUCAAUAACUUCCAAAUAUAUAUUAUAGUAUAAAAUAUAAUAUUUUGUUCUGGUUUUUGUCAGUGACACAAAGUGACCACACGAGGCAGCAGAGGACCAGCAGCUCCUGUGUCCCUGCGAGCUAAAAUCACUGAUUUUCUCUCUGGACUUUGGUGUGGGAGAGUGAGUGGUUUACAGUGAGAUAAAGACGUGAUCAUGUGCUUAAAGAUAUCGUAGACUUAAAUUGACGCAGAUUUUUUUUUUCCUUUUUUUUUAGUACCUCAUACAACCACACUAUUCCUUUAAUGGGAUCAAUAUUAAAUAAAUAUUUGCACUUAUUUACCAAGAACUGUGUGUACAUGAAUAAUUAGCCUUGCCUUUAGACUGAUUUAUCAGGAUUAUAGUAUUUAAGAUGUUUAGAUGUUUAUAUUUAAAGACAAAUGUGAUUAUUUUAACAUUUAUAACAGAAUUGUUAAUAAAUUGUUUCUGAUGUGUUUGUGUUUAUGCUGCUUUUUUCACAUAUGACACAGUUUAAAAAUAAAUAUAUAUAUCAUUAAAAUGCUAGAGUUCCAGAUCUUUAACAACAAAACA